AUGAUUUGGCGAGCAGGGCAGAUAUCUCUCUUUCUUUUUUCGAUCCUCGCAAAUGUAGUUGCACAUCAUCAGCCGACCGUCUACUUCAUUCGACAUGGCGAGAAGCCUGAUGACCCCAAUAAUCACGAAUUAAACUUCGCUGGGAAGAUGCGCGCGCAAUGUAUACGCGAUAUCUUUAACGCGAACUCCGGGUACGACAUUGAAUACAUCAUGGCGCCGACUACCAAUGAGAGUACCGGCGAUCAUGGACGACCUUUCAAGACUGUUAUUCCUCUUGCGGAGGAUCUUGGUCUAAAGGUGGAUCUGCACUGUGAUAGUCUGGAUCCACAGUGUGUUGCCGAUGCGAUUCGGUGGUAUGAUGGACCUGGUAAUAUUCUUGUUUCGUGGAGACAUAGGACUAUAGCGAAGAUUCCCAAGUUAUUGGGGGUAACGCAUCGGGUCAAAUAUCCCAAGAAACGGUUUGACAUUAUGUGGACUCUUCCAUACCCUUAUACUGAGAUUACUGAGAUCGAAAGUGAGGGCUGUUAUGGCCUGGAUGACAACCCGGGGUUGAUUGUUCAAAAUUGA